ACUUCCAGGAAGAGUUAAGAUUUUUAAAUCUUAUAUUCGUGGUCAAACACUCUAUUUCGUCCAAACGUGUAUCGUGAUAGUCUCCUGCCUUGUCGUGUGUUCAUCAUAAUUCAUAUCAACAAAUUCUAAUUUUUUGAAGAGUACCUAUCUUUUCAAAGGACAUUCAAGAUGAAAUCAAUUGCGUUAGCUGCAGUGUUCAGUUCUGCUUUAGUGUUUGUGGCAGGACAGGUUUCAGAACAAGAUGAAGUUCACCAAAAAGUAGUCGAGAGAGAAGACGAAGUUUACAAGCAGUGUAAGGCUGAGUUUCCAGUCGAUGAAGAUAUUCGUAAAAAAUUAGCAAGAAUGGUCACCAAAGGAGAAACGGUCCCGAAAGAUUUCCAUACAACAGAGUGGUGUAACCUGUACUGCAAUCUGGAAAAACUUGGAUUCUUCGAUGCUCAAGGUAAAAUGCAAGUUCGCAAGAUUUUCAAAUUCGUGCUUAAAGCCCUUCCUGAGAUUGUACCCAACAGUCACUCGCUUUUGGUUCACUUGUUCCAAAUUUACAGAUCGACCAAAGAUAUGGAAGAUGAAUGUGAAAAGGCUUUUGUAGCAUAUUAUCGAUUUGUUGAAGCUGUUAUGGCAGCUACUAUAGCUGCCGAUUUGAAAGCAAAUGAAGCCAUUAGUGAUAAAGUUGUACAAGAAGUAUUGGAUGGUGUAACUGUACCGAAAGAUUUGGAGGCGUCUAUGGAAAAAUCGUUGAAAAAUACCGAGUAUUUCUUCGAUCUUACAAUUAUGAAAUAAGUAAUUUUAUUGCUACUCUCGAUAUCAAUGAGGAGACUUUUUUUUUUGUCCAACUAUUGCCAUCAAAUUGUGCUGUACUUAGUGUUUCCUAUAUUGUAUUCAAUCUAAUUUUAAGGAACUAGGCGCCUAUAAUAAAAUCCGUUUACUUCUCAAAACUGAUUCAAUUAUUUAUAGAAAAAAUUCCUAUACCUUAGUAAGCCUAU